UGUCUUCCUGGGCUAUCUUCUGAAAGAGUUGUGAGCAAUUCAUAGAUUGGUAUCUAAUUUAGUCAAAUUAAAUUAUUUAGUUCAAUCAUGAUAAAAUUAAAUUAGAUUAGAGAUUAGUUAUGAGCAAUUUAUAUAAGACCUUUGACUCGAGAUUAGUUUUGGUUAGAUUAAAAACUUAAUGUCAAUUUUUAAAUAUAUAAAAAGAAGAAUUAGAAUUCAAUUUUGAGUUGCAGCUCGAUUCUAAUUAUUUGUAACACUGAAAAUUUGGACUGAACACGGAGCUGGCGUUCAGGUUAGCCAAGUUGCACACUUGCGCACCAUAUAUACAAUUUACUCUUGACACUUUGGAAAAAGAGAAAAAGGAAAAAAAAAAAUUGGAAGUUUGAAAAACACUUCUGUAGUAACAGAGACAACAGAGCCAAAUUGAAAAAUCUUACUGUAUAUAAGCUUCAUGCUUCAUGGUUGUUCUUCAAGGCUUUUCAUUUCGAACCCACAAUAUCUCUAUCUACCCAAAAAAACUAUCCUACCCAUCAAAUUUCAGCAAUUGGGUCUCUAUUACAACUCCCCAUAAUCGAACCCAGAUCAAGGCAGGUCACUUCUGUAGCACCCACAAUGAAAUCUCCGAUUUUUUUGAUCACCUUCUUCGGCAAUGCACUACCAUUCAACAAUCCAAACAGACACACACCCAAAUUGUUCUCACUGAAGCAUAUCGGUCUGCGUUCUUGGCCGCUAGGCUCGUGUCGGUCUAUGCCCGGUUCGGGCUUCUUGACGAUGCCCGGAAAGUUUUUGAAACCACCCCAAUUGAAUGCAAUUCGAAUUUGCUUUUAUGGAAUUCAAUCUUGAGAGCUAAUGUCACACAUGGAGAGUAUGAUGAGUGUCUCAGAGUUUAUCUUCGGUUGCGAAAACAUGGGUUUGGGGCUGAUGGGUUUACUUUCCCUUUGGUUGUAAAGGCUUGCGCAAUGAUGGGCGAUUCUGACAUAUGCAGGAAUGUUCAUACUCAUGUUUUGCAGAUGGGAUUUGAACAUCAUGUUCAUGUAGCGAAUGAAUUGGUGGGUAUGUAUGGGAAGCUUGGGCGAAUGGAUGAUGCGCGUCGACUGUUUGAUAGAAUGACUGUUAGAAGCCUUAUUUCUUGGAAUACGAUUGUUUCGGGCUUUUCGCUGAAUUAUGAUUGUGAUGGUGCUCUUGAGAUGUUCCAACAAAUGGAAGCUGAAGGGCUGGAACCGAACUCUGUGACAUGGACUGCAUUGCUAUCGAGUCAUGCCAGGUGUAGGAAAAAUGAAAAAGCUUUGCGAUUGUAUGGUGUCAUGAGAAAAAGAGGAGUUGGAUCUACAGCUGAAGCACUUGCUGUGGUUAUAUCUGUUUGUGCUGAAUUGGGUGUGUGUGACGAGGGUGAGGUAUUCCAUGGAUAUGUCAUAAAGGGUGGUUUUGGGAAUUACUCAUUUGUCAAAAACUCUCUUAUAUGUAUGUAUGGGAAAAAUGGAGCCAUAGAAGAUGCUAAAAAUUUGUUUUCAGAAAUGAGCUCAAAGAAUAUAGUGAGUCUGAAUGCCUUGAUAUCAUCGUAUGCAGAAUUUGGUUUAUGUGAUGAGGCUUAUGCUAUAUUUUCACAGCUGGAGAAGUCAGACGGGUAUCCAAUGGUGAGACCUAAUGUGAUAAGUUGGAGUGCUGUUAUAAGUGGAUUUGCCUCAAAGGGGCGUGGGGAGGAGUCCCUAGAACUCUUUCGGAGAAUGCAGCUCACUGAGGUGAUGGCCAAUUCUGUUACAAUUUCCUGUGUUUUGUCAGUUUGUGGAGAGUUAUCAGCACUGCGCCUUGGUAGGGAAAUCCAUGGUCAUGUAAUUCGAGCUAUAAUGGAUAGUAACAUUUUGGUGGGAAAUGGGUUGAUUAACAUGUAUACAAAAUGUGGAAGUCUUAAGGAAGGGGAUUUGGUAUUUACGAAAAUUGAUGGUAGAGACUCAAUCUCGUGGAACUCAAUGAUUGCAGGGUACGGGAUGCAUGGACUUGGUGAGAAUGCUCUAAAUACUUUUGAGAAGAUGAUUAAAGAUGGAUAUACACCAGAUGAAGUUACUUUUGUUGCUGUUCUUUCUGCAUGUAGUCAUGCUGGGCUUGUUGUUCAGGGACGUAAGCUUUUUGAUCUGAUGGUAAGAGAGUUUAAGAUUGAACCCCGGAUGGAACACUAUGCUUGCAUGGUUGAUCUUCUUGGCCGUGCUGGGUUGCUGCAAGAAGCAAGUGACACAGUGAAAAACAUGCCAAUGGAACCUAAUGCUUGUGUUUGGGGAGCACUUCUGAACUCUUGUAGGAUGUACAAGAAUACCGAUGUCGCGGAAGAAACUGCUUCUCAUAUUUUCAGCCUCGGCUCUGAAACUUUUGGGAGCUACAUGCUGCUCUCAGAUAUAUAUGCUGCAACUGGGAGAUGGGAGGAUUCUGCAAGGGUGAGAAUCUCAGCAAAGACAAAGGGUUUAAGGAAAAUCCCUGGCCAAAGUUGGAUUGAGGUGAAAAAGAAAGUAUAUAUGUUCACAGCAGGGAAUGCACUACAAACAGAGAUGGAGGAAGUUUACAGGAUGCUUCAGGAUUUACAUCUUCAGAUGGAGAUUGAAAACCAUGUACCUGGCACGAGCAUUGGACUGCAAGAUGUAGAUGAAGAAUAUGCCUUCUGAGAGUGAUGAAGAAUCUGUGUGUUUAUGGAUUACAUAUUGGCCUUUUCAGUGAGAAGAUGGUUUAACUGUUUCAAGAUUUGUUCUUUCUGUUUUUUCUUUCCCUUUCCUCCUUUCCUCUUGUUUGUUGACUCAGUGUUUGAAUACCACGAGUGCAGGAAGCCAUGUUAAAGGACGAGCUCUGGAACACGGAAAGAGCGCAAAAGAGGGAAGGGGUGGACGCGACCUAUCUUAAAAAUGUUAUUUUGAAACUCUUUGAAACAGGUGAAGUGGAGGCCUUGCUAACUGUGGUUGGAAUGCUUCUUCAAUUCAGUCCUGAAGAGGUGCAGAAAUGUCAACAAGCUUAUCGUGCUGCUUCUGAUGUUCCACCAAGCCCGGCAAAUGCAUCAUCGGGCUCUGGCCUCUCACUUCUCUAGAGAUUCACUUUUUCAUGACAACAGAAACAAUGACUGAAGAACUACUUCAUUUCUUCCGAGAACUAUGUGAAACUGCAAUCCAGCUGCAAUGGCGGCCGCUUGACUGCACUUGGAGACAGAGAUGCAGUUCAAUGUAAUUUUUGUAUUCUUUAUGGAAAAAUGAACAUUCAUUUCAUGGAACACUGCAGAGAUAUUGUAAAGAAUUGAUAUGAGAGAAAAGGAAAUACACGAGGCGAAGACGGUGGCAUUAUGGCUGCAUUGGAUAUUAUUGCUCCUGGAGAGUACUGUCCAAUCUUUUAUCUUUGAAAAUAUAAAGCAUGUUUGAUAAACUACUUUGCAAUUAUUACAUCCUACUGAAAAUCUCCCUAGUACCAAAUUUAAUGCCUUCCAUUAUCCGGGUGCGUGU